UAUUUCCAUUCGAAACCGAUUACUUGUGGGACUUUUGUGAAGGAUCUUAACUUUCCAUCGUUGGACACGAUGUAAAAGAGCUAAAAAGAGGAGGUUAGCCAGUUAAAUGAGCAUCAUCGAUGAAGAUAAUGGCUUCGAGGGCAAUGACAAAAAGGGUGAAUCCGAAGUGAGUACUUUGAUUAACUAUGCAUAACAUUUUGACAAUAGCCUUAACAAAUGAAUUUGUUUCCAAAGUUAUUGCACUUAUUUUGAUUUUUAUCGAGCUAAAUUUAGAUGAUUUUAUGUCGUAUUAUGAUAAGUACCUCACAAGUUCUCACAGCUGGUGGGUUUAAUAUGAAAAGCACAUUCGAAAGACAAUCUACGGACCACAAUAAAGUAGCCUGUAAACAACAGAGAGCUGCAAUUUAAUAUGGAAAUCCCAUGUCAGGAGGAGGUAGCAAAGAGGAUUGCUCCAAACUUCAUCAGAAGACAACUUCACCCGGCUUCUUUUUCACAACAACGAAAUUUUUCCUGAAAUUUUCACUUUCUCAUUACAAUGUCAUCCGAAGGUGUCAAAUUAAGAAGGUAAUUAUGUUUAAACGGUUUGGGAUGUAAACAAAAAUUUCAGUGAUAUUCAGUUAUCCAGGGCCAUGCUUGCUCAGAUUAGUUUUACAGGAUUUGAUAAACAACAUUGAAAUAACCACUUCCCCUCAGGCUGUAAAUAUCCUAUCCAACUCUGAUUCAAGAUUACUUGAGGCUUGUACCACUUAAAAUAAUAGUGGAGCUCGUAGAGCGUAACCUCAUAAUUAUACAAAAUAGUAGUAACCCUUCAAGCCAAAAAAAUUUGGAUAUACGACUGUACGACCGUAUGACUGUACAAGGUGUUACUUUAAACAUGUGUGGUCAACUGUACUGCAGGCACGCCAACGCCACGGCUUUAUCCAGUAGUCCAGUGUAGGUUCUAGUCCUGGCCGGGGCAAGGCAUUGUGCCCUUGAGAUGUGCGGAAAAAAAAAAUGCGAGCUCCGCUUUUAGCCUUGGCUAAAUCUAUGUAUUAAAGUGGCUCUAAAUGGUUUUGUCAGUUCUAAACACCAAUUCCUUGAUGCAUUGCAGCUUUAACACUUUUUCAUUUGUAUCCUCAGAAAUUGUGUCUAAAAAAUGCCUAAUUAUUAUUUCUUAUUUCUUUGACUUACAGGGUUACCAUAACAACACUACAUCUUCUUCAAAAUGCCCUUAAUUUAGGCUUUAUGAUCCUGUACCUAAAAAUUUAGUUCAUUGAUACCCCCUUUUUAUUGCUGAAUUGCAUCCAGUGUACCAAGAUUGAUCCUCCUUCAAAAGUUACAAAAUUCUGCAUUUACUGGUAGUUCAGAGCUACCUUAGUUUUUUGAUAGUUUUCAUUUAGCACAAUUGAUAUAGCUUUUCUAGAAGGAGGCUAAAAUCUUUGAUGUGUUAAGUCGAAAGAACUAUCCAAUGUCAAGUGUUUUUGUUUCUCUAGUUUAAAAGUGGAAAUAAGGAAAGCUGCAACAUAGAUUGUAAGUUGUUGCACAACCGAUCCUUGAAAGUCAAGGAGGAAUCAUUAUGAUCAGCACACUAAUUAGAGAUCUGUGACUCUGUAUUACCUAACACUUUUAACUAGUGCAUGUCCUAUCAGUAAAUGAGUUUUAAGUACAGUAUGUUAAGAUUGUUCUGUGUACUAUUUUAACCAAAAUUUUGUUUCUUCAGCCAAACCUUCAGUGGUCUCCAUUCAAGCAAUAUGAUCAGCUUAACAGAAAAACUACAAGAAUUGAUAUCAACCUAGUUAAAUCUGUGAUUGAUAGUACUUUCCCCGAUAAUGAACUUAAAGAUGAAAGAGAGUGCAAGGACCUUGAAGCACUUGUUAAUGUCCCUUGCUUGGCAAAACUUGUUUGUAGCGAUAAACCUCUUUCUUUGGGAAACAAUCCUUCUAUAUCUGAAUGUGCUUGUGGAAGUCUAGCAAAGAGGGAAAGUGUUUGUUUAUGGGAAAGCUUGCAAAACAGCUUCUUUCGAAAGACAACUAUUCAAGCUACUGAGGUGACUUGGCGGAGGAACUUUUUACAUCUAUUUAGCCUGGGAACAGAGGUAGAAUCAAGGUUUGGGAAAGAUUUUGCAUUGGAUGUCUCAGAAGAUCUGAAUGAUAAGCAUCCUAUUUAUAGUGGUUCAGGAAAGCUCCGAAAUGGAUUUUAUGUUUCUUCAAAUGGACUUGUGUUCUCAAGUGGGAUUAAGGUACGAAACUCACCGGUUUUAUUAUGCAAAGUUGUAUCUGCAAAAACCCCUCGUUAGUGACUAAUUUGCAAAAAUACCAAAAUUUCCUGUUGAAGUUGAAUCCGUUAUCACUUAUAUACAAUACAGUAAGACCCUUAGCUUUUAUCCAAUAAUGAUCUCUCUAAUUAAAGCUGGCUGUUUAGAAUCUUCCAUUUAAACACCCACAUGGCAAUCUGCUUUUAAUGUCACCAAGACAAGAAGUAUAUAAUUUAUUUCUUAAUAUUUUACACCCUCACAUCAGUGUGCAUUUUCUCCCUACUGUUGUUGAUACAUUUCCUAAGGUGCUGACAAGGAGAAUUCUCUCAGCAAUCGAAAGCUUCUUAAGUUGGUAAUCAUUUCUUUUAUUCUCCUGACAUAAAUGUGUGAUUCAGGGGUGAUAUUGUGAGGAGAAAUUGGAUGCUAGUCAGAGGUCAAAGGGUGAAACAAGUAUUGGGAUUAUAAUCAAAACAAACAUUUCAACUCACAAUAGAAAUUACGAGAGAGGUUUAUUGAUUGAAUUAGACUUACCAAAGCUAUAAACCAAACUUGAAUACACUGUCUCUGAUAACAUGGACUUUAUUCAACUAUUUUAUUCAACUAAUUUGUUGUUGUGUUUUUUAACAUUACCAUAUCCCACCAGCAUAGCUUCUUCUUUCUGUAUAUGUAUAGAGACCAUAUGCAACCCACAGAUCCUUUAUUUGCACUGACUUAGGGCUAACACUUGAACUGUCAGCUUUAGAAACUCUUUACUGUGGCAGAUUUACAUCAUCAACUCAAUUGAUUAAACUAAAUGAUCUUUUUAUACCUCCUACUGAUGCAUGUGCAACACCACAUUUUCACAAGAAACUUACCCUUGGUACGCUGAAUUUUGCUUUGCAAUUUAUCACUACCUCCAACUCUCUGAUUUGCACAAUAUGCCUAAUGGUAUGGUUUACUGCUGCAUUAGUGUUGAAAUGUUUUUAAAACCCAGGUAUGGUACUUUUGAUACUUGGAACCAUUACAGUGACUUAACACUUCUUAUUAGUAUAAUAAUUAUUGUAAUUUUUAAUCUUAAAAUUAUGAUUGAUAUUUCUUACUAAUGCUUCAAACCUCAAAUUGAUACAUGUAUGUGGUGUCUUGACUUCUUGAGAAAUCUUGCCAUAUCCUGUAGCCUUAGGUGUCUACAAUCCUCUCCAAGAUUUUUGCCAUAUCCAAUAAGAAAAUUUUUCUGAUGAACAACUGAUUUUAGAAACUCCAAUCUUGCUAAAUGCUUGAUCACUCUUCCAAGUGCUGUGAUCAUGUUUAUGUUCCUAUAGUUCCUACAUAAUAUUGUGUGUCAUCAUCUUGCCCAGUUUUCCUUACAGAGUGGAAGCUUUGAAUUGAUGGGCCCAUUACAUGUAAAUAUGGUUGUUCUAAGCUUUCCAAGCUUUAACCCUUCAAAACCUAAGAGGGACCAGCAUCUAGUUUCUCCACACAGUAAUACUGCUGAGUCAUUCAUUGAGAUCAUGUGAAUAAAGUAAAUGAUCACCAACCUAAGAAGCUUUUACUGUGAACUGAAUUCUCCUUAUCAGCACUAAAGGAAAUGUGUAAGGAACAGUAUGGAGAAAAUGGAUACUCAUGUUGGCGUGUAUAGGGUUAAUUGAAAAUUUUGAAACCAAUGUUGACUGCAUGAGGACUUUGUGAUGAUCUAUUCCUGGGAAGAGUCUCAAAAAAGCUUUGUUUUUCAGUUGCAUUGCAAGUUUGCACUGUUUUUGGUUACAUUUGGCAUCAAAGGAAUGUUUAAGAAAUUAAUUAUAGCUCAUGCAUUCCUAAUCAGAUGGAACAGUUCUUUUUAUCCUGUUCACAUUGCCAUUUAUUGCAAAAUAUUUACGUUUGGUUCCCACAUGCCAGUAAUUGAUAUUAUUACAUGUACCUUCAGACCACUGAAAACAUGUUUCACAGACUCUAGUUUUUAACUGUAUUUUGAUCAAUACUAUCUUCAGUUGUGGCCAACAAAGAUAAAAUACCCACAAUUUUUACUGUAAGUGUUCUCCAUCAUUAUCAAUAUGUUUACACUGUUUGUAGUAUGAAUCAUAAAUUCACAAUGAAACAUGUGGCUUUUCCAAUUUGUAAGACAUAUGAUAAGACUUACAUACAUUUAUGUUUUGGUGAUUGAAUGGCUUGCUUCUGUGUGAUUCUUGUAAUGAACCAGAUAUGUUUGAAGAUUAUUUACAACUUAUUUUGCUUGACCGUGAAGGCAGCAGCACAGAGAUUUUGUGCCUCUGUUGAAUACUGAAAUAAAGCACAAAGAAAAAUUAAGUUUGAUUAUUAUAUUGAAGAAAGCAACCAACCAAAAGAAGGUUGUCAUUACCAAUUGCAAAACGAUAAAAUGUACCUUUUCUUUGUGGGUUUUUUUUUGGCUUUGAGCCUUUGAAUACAAGGGUCUACUUUUUCCACUGAUGUGAGAUUUUAGUGAGUCACUGUGAUACCAUUUUUCUUUUUCAACAUGCGUUCACGUUGCCAUUCAUAGCUAUGUUCAAUUUCAUGGACAAUUCCAAAUUUAUGACCAUUUUGCAUCGAUGUUUUCUUCCAAGUAAGACUUUCUAUUUUAAUUAUAAUUAAAACUGGUAAAUAUUUUGAUUUUGUUUUUCUCAAGCUGAUACAGAGUUACUUUACAAAGAUUACAUAUAGAUAUUUAUUUUCAACUCGUCAUUUAUUGGAGGUGUAUGCGUUUGUUUUUUGUCAAUUUUUCUUGACAUGAAUAAAUUUUUGAUGAAUUUUUGAUGAAUUUUUUAUGAUGUUUACUUUAAAUUUUGAAUAUUGAUGGAAUCACUAAAAAUAUUAAAGUCACUUUGAAACUGGAAAAUGGAAGUGCAUAUGAGAACACAAUCUAGGAAACUUUUUAAGGCAAGGAUGUGAGUUUGGAGAUUAGUAUUUAGGACACCAAAAAUGGAUGAAUUAUUGUAAUUGUUCCUUUAAAUUCUAGGAAUGUUAAGACAUACACACGCUUUUAAGCCGAAUAUUGUUGAAUGAAUGUCGUCUUCUACAAUUUUAAUUAUUUGUGGUUUUAAUAUGUGGGUUUUGUCCCAAAUUAUUCAUGAAAUUAUUACUGACAUUAUUUGUCACAGUGAUUUUUUUUUAGAAUCAGUAAGAUCAACAAAAUUGGUCUUAUGGUUGCAGGUAAUGAAUUGGGUGUUAAAGUAUUUCACACUGGCCCCACAUUUGAUUUUUUUUUUCUCACAUUUGGCAAAAAAAAGUGAGAAAAAUUAUUUUAAGAUGAACUCAAUAUGUAAGGAAAAUUACAGCCUAGAGAUUGUACAAUAUUAAAGCAAAGAUUAUUAUGUAAAUUCAGAUGUUACUACUGUGUAAUGGAAAUUCUUGUAAGCCAUUAUUGACAUUUAAUCAAAUGGAAGUGUAAAGUUUGCUGUAUUUUGAUUGGUUUGUUGUUUUCUUGUCAAAAACAUAGUGACUUUUAAACAAAUAUUGCAUGAUUUGCCAACUUUAUUUCUUUUUCACUAAAUGAAAAUCUCCAUAUUACAUAGAGUGUGUCUGUCAAGUUGUCAGAAAAAUAUUUAUCCUCCUGAACAAUUAUUUAUGCAUCAGCUUGAAUAUGAAUCAUAUUUUGUUUUGACCAGGUGGACAAUGUGUCUACUGUAGAGUUUUUUUUCACCAAAGCUGAUUUGGUCAUUAAAUAGCUCAAGGUUAAAAAUAUUUCCCUUGUGAGGGCCAUUGGGAAUCAAUAUAAUGAAUAUUAUUGUCAUAUGCCAUUGAAAAAUAGUCUCAAUCACUGAGAGAAGAUUUCAGUUACUAUUGGAUCCUUCAUUUUCUGAUAAGAAACAAUGUCAUCCCGACUGGUGGGUUAAAUUUAAGAAUCAACCAUUUUGUGUUUUUCUUUGUGUUUUUUUCCCUUUUGUUUCCUUUUUAUCGAUAAGCACUCGUAAACCCUUAGUGUUUUCUUCCCUUCAUGUAUCAAAUUUCUUUUUGUAAGACAUACCGUUUUGAAUUACCAAGAUCAAUCUGUUUAGAAUUAGUUUUCACAUUAUUUUGAUAGUAAACAGUAUAGUGUUUGUUAAGCAUCUGAUUCUAUAUCUCAGAUAUAUUUUGAAUCAGUGAAGUAGAAUUUUUCAAACAUUUUAAUUCAUCCUUAUUGUGGGCUAAUACAAAAACAUAAUAGUGAAAUGAAAUAUAUAUUGAAAAAUUGAAUUACCAAAAGAUUCUAAUUCUACCUCAAUUAAGGGAAAAAAUACAAAGCAGAAAGUUAUCUGCUUUAUUCAUUUGUGCAAUCUAAAAAGAUGUUGAUGUCUUUGUUCAUUUGAGAAAUAAAAAAAGAUAUAUAAUGUCUAGUAGUUUUCACUCAAUGACCUUUGUGGAACUCAAACCAAAUGGGAAAAAGGAAUUAUUUGCUGUUGAUAUUUUUGAUCUGUAAAAUGAUGUAAUUUACUUGUUGGUGGCUUUCAUUAAGUUAAGGUGGUUUUGAUAAUUUAAUGUAGAUCUUUGUUGCAGUAUUUGUGAAGUCUGAUAUUACAAUUCUUGUUUUUAGUAAUAUUCAAUGCCUUCAUGUUUAUUUUGAAGAACCCCACAUUGUGUGUACUUUCACGGAUAAGUGAUUGACUAGAAGCAACAGUUUUAUAGAUUCAUGGGUAUGUUGUGGUUCAAUUUUAUCCUUGGUUCGAAGUUUAUUUUCCUUUGUUUCAAAUUCAUUAUCAUACAUUACAAGUUACACCCAAAAACAAUUUGAACCAAGGAUGAAAUUGAGCUACAACAGAUAUACUGGACAAUGUUGGUCGGCUAUUUUUUCCAAAUCUACCAUGGUCCCAUAUGUUAUCUGUUAGGGUGUUCCAAAUCAUUUAUUCUAAUCUAUGUUAGGAUGAUAAAACCAUAACUAAUUGAAUUAAGAGAGAUAUUGUUUAUUUUUUACAAGCAUGGGAGAAAUAAAAUAGUCUGGAUUUCCCAUGAUAAGUCAAACCUAGAACCUUCCUGUCUGGCCAUCAGGUGGUCAGAAUACUGCUAAGCUUUCUACAUUGUACUGUAAUAUAAGGGUUUUAUGAUCAAAAUCAGAAGGUUUAAAGGCUUGAUGAAUUGUGGCUGAUACAGAUCCUGACAGGUGAAUUCCAGCUUUAAUUCUUCUUUUUCCUGAGUUGUAAGCAUCUUUGAUUCCACCUAAAUCAGUACAGGUAUCCCCCAUCCACCUAAUCCAUUCCUUGAAUGCCAUUCUGUGCUCAUUUUUCCUUUUGCAUACUGUGAUGUCUAAAAAAAGUUGCUGCAGUUACUAUUCUUUUUUCUCUUUGCCAGACGAAAGCAGAAGAAAGGAAGCUUCUUUCUCAUAGGAUGGAAAGUGUUGAGUCUGAUCUGGAUGAAACACCUAACGAAAAUCAACUGCUAAACAAAGAAAACAAAGCUAAGGAUAAAACAGAACGGUUAGAUAUAUUACUCAUAUUGCAUUUUAAAGUUAUUUGCAGAUAGAAAAUUUAAACUGAUAAUUUUCCCAAAAUAUAUGUGAAACUGUUAAUGACUAGUAACUGAACUUAUUUCUUAAUAAAAGGAAGAAUUGGAUAUAGACUCUGGCAUUAUAUGCUGUUAUUUGAUUUUUGUUUAUGUAUUUUCAUAGAAAAUCAGGAUUGUUUGCAUCAUUGAGUGCCUCCUUGUGUGCAGCAAGGUCUGGGAUUCAAGGACUUUUGGAAAGGUGGGUCAUUUAGUGCAUUUCCCUGAGCCAAUGUGGACUACAAUCUGGGGAAAGCUGUGUUGAAUAAUACAUGAAAACAUCAAAUUCUGAGUUAAGACCUAUGAAAUAAGUCUUGGAACCUCAUUGCCACCUUUCGAUGUUGGAUGUUAUAAGGGCACAAGCUUCUCUGAGUUAAAAUUGUUCAUUCAACCCUGUACAGUGAAUAAACCAGUGACCAAAUGAUACUUUGAUUUAAUAAUUUUUUUAGAUCCUCACCAAAGGAGCAAAGGCGCUCAACCAGUGUUGUCCCCACAGGAGACAGUGAUGGUGAAGAUGAUACAGAAAAGUUGACACAGAAACCAAAUAUGCCAAAUCCUGAUGUAGAUGGCUUUGAUAAUCAUGACGAAUUUACAAGGUGAUUGAUUGGUUGAAGAUGUUUGACUGCAUAUUAAGGUUGACAUCAAAUCAGUGAGUAAUGCUCUCAGGAAUAUGGCAACUGACUCUUUAAAAAUGUGUCUCAGAACAAAAUUUUAAAUCUAUUUGUUUGGGGGGGGGGGGGGGGGAAUAGGGGGAACCUAAAGUUGUGUUCCCUUGGGAAAAGUUUCACCAGAAUUGUGGUAUCCUCAUUCCUGUCAUUCAGAGUGACCCAGACAGGAUUUCACUUGACAGCAUUUGUAUAUUUAUUUAAUUAUUUUGCAAGAAGAAAUAUAACAAGAAGAAAAAAAAAGUGUCAAGGGGCUAAUGUUUGAUCCAUAACUUAAUUCUAAUAGCAAAAGAAGUAUGUGGUGGACAUAAUUAUUAAUAGUUAUUGCAUUGUGAAAAUAGUUCCAAAUCACUGAAUUAUUGCCUUGUUAGUGAGUAACUGGGAGAGAUAAUUAUUUGAAAAAAGCUUUGAAUGUCCACAUUGCCCUCUUUUUGAAAUUACUAAGCACACAACUGUAAAAUGGCUCAUUAGGUUUCCUUUAAAUGUUCUCUCUCAAAAACCUAUGUGAAGUCUAAAUGAGACAUAAUCUGUUACAUGUUGAAAUCAGUUUUUUCUAUUGGACGGCAAUGAAAGCCUAAAGCUGUUUGUUUAUUUGUGUAUUCGUACUUAUAUUCUCAGACAAAUGGAAGCAAAGGGAGGUUUAACUUACCAGAGUGCAGACAGAACAGUUCACCAAUUGUCCCAUGAUUCUUUGCCUCCUCCACUCUCUCUUCAGUCAUUUCAAGCUGAAAAUCAAGCUGGCAAAUAGAAUUUACAAUAUAUGUUUAUUGAUUAAAAUAAUUACUUUGUUACUGGCCCAAGUUAUUCAACUAGUACAAUACCUUUUUGUCUCAUCUUGCUUAUGGUAUCAUGCUCAAGGAUGCAACAUCUAUGGUGAAAUUCAGAAAAACCUUGAGGGCUGGCAAUACAGAUUAAUUAUCAGGCAUGAUAUAUCUUUACUGAACACAAUAUGGAUGAGUAGUUUGUUAUGUUGAUAUAUGCUCACAUGUCCUUAUCAUCCACACAGUUAGUCACUUGUGGGAGCUCUUUUGUCACGACAGGAUAAACAAUUUUGGGGUGUCUUUCAGGUGUUCAUGGUUUUCUGAGUUUGACAAGAACCCUUUAAUUCCCAGAGAUGAUUGGUACAGAGAUUCUCUACACACUAUCAGUACAUUAUCAGCAAAUAGGUAACAAGAAUAAACAAACCUAUCAUAAGGAGGAUGAAAUUUUGAUAUAACAUAAUUUACAAAGAGGAGCUCAGAAUAGACAAAGUUUGCACCCUUAGAAGGCGUGAUCAUGAUGCAACAAAAAUAUUCUUCCCAAAUCUGAAGAAGAGAAUUACUCAUUAGAUCUCAAGUCUAAAGGGUUAAAUAUCAAUAAUAUAUGUUUUCGGUUAGUAAUUAAUUGUAGGGCUCUGCACUUGAUUUCAUUCUGACAGUUUCUUAUGUUCAAGAAAUAAGGAAUUUUGAAAUCAAAUGAUUAACAUUAAUUGAAGUCAAUUAAAUCUUUUAACUUCCAAGAUCUGAUUAGUAAUUAUUCUAUCUGUAAUAUAUAUCAGAAUAAGAUAUGACAAUAUGGUUCUUUAUCAGCAAAUUAUCUCACAAAUUAUUUAAAACAGUGUUUGGGACAAUUCACAUUAAAGAGACUUGGUUACUCCAAAUGGUGCUGUCAAAAUUUUUGCUGAAAUGCGACACAAGCAAGAAUUUAAGUGGUAAGCUAUUUCGGGGAACAAUUCUGCUGGCUCCACUUUUUUGACAUCAUAUGAAACAGUUUUCAGUUUCUGCUUGUGAGAGAUUUUGGAAACAAGCAUCUCUAAAAGUGGUCACUUACAAGAGGUGGUCACUUAUGAGAGGUGGUGGAUUACAAGAGGUUCUAUUUAUAGUGAUUUGACUCAGAAACUUUUGGUAUUUUGAAGAGGUGGUCUCUAACAAGAGGUGGUCCCUUAUAAGGGGUGGUUGCAAAGGAAAGUUUGACUGUUGUAACAUGAUUGAAUACCACUAUGAAUGAAGUUAAAUACUUAGAUUUAUGAAAUAAUUGUUUUUUCAUUUUAUUUGAGAGAAAUGUAUGAAAGAUUGUGAGUUUUGUGAAUUGCAUAGUAAAGUGAUUAUUAAGUUUCAUUGUAUAUGUUUUGGUAAAAAGUCAAAGCGGUUUCAAACUAGUUUGAUAUCUAUUUCUCUAGUAUGUUCCUAAUACAUUACCAGAAUCCUUGAGAAAAUGUAAUGGAAAUCAAACUAUUUUGAAUUCAUUUUAACUUGAAAUUAUUCCAAACCACAGCAUAUGUAGGUCAAUCUAACUAACUUUAAAAUUACUAUCACAUGGCAUGAAGGUUAUUGUAAUUUUUAUGAUUAUUAUUACUAUUAUUAUACUAUUAAAAAUGAUUGUAAAGUAUCAGAUUUUUUCUUCACAAAUUGUUUGACAAAAUUGGUUAGAAUCUGUUUUUGUGUUACCAUGAAAGAGAUGUUUCAUAUUUUCAUUUGUGUUUUUUAAUUUUUUACUAUUAUCUUGUAAUUCAUGUCAGAGCACAAAAACACUCUAUUAUUUCUAAGAAAUGUUAUAAAUGAAAUAUGAAAGAGAAUGACUCGAAUGUAAUAUAUGUGAUAGAAUUAAUAAUUUUUAAAUAUUUAGUGUAGUGAGAGAUGUCAUGCUGCACAUUUAGCUGACCACAGAUAAAAAUUUUCAUGAUGGAUU